UUGAUCAGUCGACGAAAUAUGCAGAGCUAGCACACAUGCAAGUUCAAACUUGAAAGAAAGACUCUUGGAUGCUUGGGUUAAGUUGAUACCUUGGUCAGGCGCAAUCAGGACCAGUCGAUAAACAAUUCCUAGGGCUUGUUAAAGAAAACUACCACGGGCGUACGGUUACAGCAGAUAUUCUCAGUCCUUUUCUCGGCUUGCUUUGACUGCAUAUUCAUCCAUCCCUAGCUAGCUGUACUACCUACACACAGCUUCUGAGCUUCAACCAUUGCAUCCUCUCUUCUAUAAAAGGCCAACAACCCCCACCCCCUGCUUCCUCUCUCCUCUUCAGCGCAUUCUUCUUCCUAGCUUGCAACUUAUAGCAUCACACACACGACCAAUCUAUCGAAUUGGGUAUAGCUUGUAGGAGAAUCUCAAAGCAUGAGCAGCAGAAGAACCAGAAGUGCAAUGAAUCUUCUUGUAGCUGUCCUAGUCAUCGUCUCCUUGCUCACUCUGCACGCCCCUGUUGCCGGUGCUCGACACGUUGUCGUGCUGAACCCAAACAACAAUGGACUGAACAACAAAGGAGAUAAUAAGAACCUCGCAAUGGUGCCGGCCUCGGCGUUGACUGAUGAUUUAGCAGCGACCAGCAAGGGAUUCUCAGGGCGGAAGCUUGGUGCGCCGAACAAGGAAGAAACCAAAACCGCCAUGGGAUCGACGACGACUUCAGCAGGUUGGCGGCCGCGGACGGUGGAGAUGCGCGCGGCGAGGAGGCACGGCGACGCGGCCGCCGAGCUGUACGACAUGCUCCGGAGGGACUACGCGUGGAAGGCGAGCCGCCGGCGGCCGAUCAACAACGGCGUCAAGCCGUUUCAGGUGAAGAAGCCCUAGAUGUAGCUAGGCUUC